AGAAAGAAGAAAGAAGAGUAAAAAGAAGAAAGAGGAGAAAGGGAGAGAGGGAAAAGGGAAAGAAAGAGGAAGAAAAGAAGGAAAGGAGGAAAGAAAAGAGAGAGAAAGAGAGAGAAAGAAAAAGAGAAAGAAAAAAAGAGAGAGAGAGAGAAAGAAAAAGAGAGAGAAAGAGAGAGAGAAAGAGAAAGAAAAAAAAAGAGAAAAAAAAAAAGAGAGAGAGAGAGAAAGAAAAAGAGAGAGAAAGAGAGAGAGAAAGAGAAAGAGAGAAAGAGAGAAAGAAAGAGAGAGAGAGAGAGAGAGAGAAAGAGAGAGAAAAAGAAAAAAAGAGAGAGAGAGAGAAAAAGAGAGAAAGAGAAUAAGAGAAAAAAUAGAGUGA